ACUCUCUCAGCCCCGAUUGGAGUCUCCUCCGUCUCUUCCGCCCACAUCUUGGUCACAUGGCUGUGACAUCAUUACUUCCUCAAAGCCCUUCUUGCAUCCACCAUAGAGACAGAGAGAGACAGUAGCAUGACAGACCGGUGGGAAUAAAAGCUUAGUCUCUAUUGCCAACCUUCAUUACAGCUGAAUGCAGGUAAAGGCCCUGUCAUGGAACCUAUUCAAGUGUUGAGUUUUCUCCUGGCAUUACUGCUACCCCUGGGGACUGCCUUGGACUCCAACAAACAGAAACGGGACACUGCAUUUGAGAUAUAUAAGAAACUGUUUGAAGUAAAGAGGAAGGAUCAGAUUAAUGCCCUCAAUAACCUCAUUGAGCUGAAUGAUGUCAACCAGCAAUAUAAGAUAAUUGAUAUAAUGCUCAAAGGUCUUUUUAAGGUACUAGAAGACUCCAGAGUGAUUUUAAUAGCAGCGGGAGUUCAGCCAGAUGGUCCCUUUCCAGAAGAUGAGAAGUUAAAAGAUGCUUAUUCACACACAGUGGAGAAUUCUGCAUUCUUUGGAGAUGUAGUUCUCCGUUUUCCCAAAAUUGUUCAUCAUUAUUUUGACCGCAACUCCAACUGGAACAACCUCAUUCGUUGGGGUAUUGGAUUUUGCAACCUUAGUGGAAUCUUGGAUGAUGGACCUCACACUCAGCUCCUUGGCUUGAUGUCACAGGAACUAGGAAUCAGUGAGAAAUCCCCAGAUUAUAAGAACCCUUUCAAGGCAGAGAACAUGGAGUUCUUGCCUAAUACAGAUGCUUUCCAAAAAGCAUUAAGAGAGGAGGAAAAAAGAAGAAGAAAGGAAGACAAAAGGAAGGAGAUCAGGAAGGGUCCAAGGAUAACCCGCUCUCGCUCAGAGUUAUAACACCCGGACAGUUUUCUGAGUGGUGGACUUAUGCAAGACCUGAUUGAAGCCUUAAGGGAGUUCUUGCCGUGCCAAUACAAUUCCUGGUUACACGCUGCAUUUUGGACUUCUCAGCCUGUUACAGCAAUGAGGGCACUGAAUAUGUCACCGGAUAAACAUAUCAGAUGCAAACGGCCACCUUGAGUCUGCAAUGCUGCAUAAUGUGACAUGUAAUUUAUUCCUUGUUAAAUAGGGAAUGUUAUUGUUUUGGUGUGCUCCCUUAAUUCCCCACCCCUCCCCUUCAUCUGUUUCCAUGUUGACAGUUUACAAUGCACUGCAGACAGACAGUGUGGUUGAGUUGUAUGCUGUAGAAAAAAAAUUUAGUCUGAGGAAGCACACUGAUAAACCAUUUAAACCAUUUUUCAAGUUAAAUAGCUCAAAAACCAAAAUAAAAAGCAAUUACAGAAUAUCAGAAUAUCAUCCUCUACAUCAUACUAUGGAUUUAUCAAGGGUAGAAUAGUAAAUUCGAAUUUUCGAGUGUCAAAAUUCACACAUACGAAUUUUAAUCCCCCUAUUUGAAUGUAAAUUUGAAUGUAAAUUUGAAUGUGAGAUUUAUCACACCGACCACGAAAAUAGUCCUAAUUCGAAUAUACGCCACCUAAAACCUGCAGAGUUCAAAUGAACCCGGCAGGUUUUAGGUGGCGAAUAUUCUAACUAGGACUGUUUCCAUGGUCGAGGUACAGACAAGUCAAUGAAUUGAAAAACGAUUUGAAUUUUCGGGUCGGAGCCAUUCGAUUGAAUAUUAGACAUUCAACAUCAUUGGCUGCCCGUGCUUUUAUGGUACUGUAAUCAAAGCCUCCUGGACCUCUUAAAAGUGAAUGGGCAUCCCCAUCCCCUAAUUGGGAGCUGCUAUUGGCAAGAUUUUUGAUGAUUGUGUAAUUAAAACACAGAACGGGUACUUUUUAAAAGCAAUUAUAUUCUAAGGUGUGAUUUGGUAAUACAAAGUUGUUCUAUACUCUAUGUCCCCUUUAAAUAACCCUCUAAACAUACACAUAUAAUUUAGCAAAUGUCUAAAAUGUUAGA